GCUGCCCGGGGCCAGCCGAGCGCGCCGGGGACGCGCGCCAUGGACGCCAAAGCCGGCGGCUGCGAGGAGGAGGAGGAGGAGGAGGACUGCGUGGACUCGGGCGCCGAGACCGGAGGGUCUGACUACAGCCACCUGUCUUCCACCAGCAGUGAGCUGUCCGUGGAAGAGGCGCAGGACCCGUUCCUGGUGAGCAUCCACAUCAUCGCAGACCCCGGGGAGUCCCGGCCGCUGCAGGAGGCCAUCGACGAGGUGCUGGCGUGGAUCCACCCGGACCUCCCGCUGUUCCGCGUGUCGGAGCGGCGCGCGGGGGGCCGGCGGCGGCGGAAGGGCCCCCGGGGGGGCGCGCAGCCCGCGCUGGCCGUGGUGCUGUUCCUGCAGGAGGACGAGGGCCAGGGCCAGAUCCUGCAGCUGCACCGCGCGCUGCAGCGGCCGCCCUGGCGCCACCACCACACGGAGCGCGUGCACGGCCGCUUCGUGCCCUACCUGCCCUGCAGCCAGGACUUCUUCACGCUGGCGCCCGGGACCCCGCUGUGGGCCAUCCGGCCCGUGCACUACGGCCGCGAGAUCGUGCGCUUCACCAUCUACUGCCGCCACGACAGCUACGCCGACAGCCUCCGCUUCUACGAGCUGAUCCUGCGCCGGAGCCCCAGCCAAAAGAAAGCCGACUUCUGCAUCUUCCCCAUCUUCUCCAACCUGGACGUGGACAUACAGUUCUCCCUGAAAAGACUGCCCGGCGACCAGAGCCCGGUGCCCACCGACUCCUCCGUGCUGGAGUUUCGGGUGAAGGACAUCGGGGAGCUGGUGCCCCUCCUGCCCAACCCCUGCAGCCCUAUCAGUGAGGGACGCUGGCAGACGGAGGACCAUGAUGGCAACAAGAUCCUUCUGCAGGCCCAGAGGAUGCAUAACAGGUUGCCCAAACACAGCAGAGCCCGCCGCAGGUCGGAAAAGAAGCCGCGUUCUGUCCCUUCGCCGAGCGCCAGCGCACCGGGCAGCCAGCGUGACAGCCCGUUCCCAGGGCCCAGCCCAACAGCUCUGCUUCCCGGCUUCCAGCAGGAACAUGCCACCCAGGCCAGCAGCCCCCGCAGCCCUCCCUGGUCUUUCCAGAGAAGCAAGUCCUUGUUCUGUUUGCCCAGCGGAGGCCCCUCCCCAACCUCCUCGGCCGAACCGCAGUGGUUUCCAAACCCGGGUCCCCGGGGACAGAGGGCAUCCGGGUGGAAGCCUGGCCUUCUCCUGUCUGUUGAUGACUUAGAAGGGGCUCAGGAGACAGACGUGGACACAGGCCUGCGACUGUCCUCCUCAGACCUGUCCGUGGUCUCUGCAUCUUCUGCACCCAGCAGGUUCUGCAGCACAGUGGAGACAUCUGUCCCCUCCGAGAGAUGCAGCACCCACUGGCCAGCACGCAAGGGUCCCAGAGAAGGUCCACUGCCUGCCGGCAGUGGGGUGACCCCAGACACCUCCUGGGUUUCCUACUCUCUCAUCACCAAAGAGUCUCCCAGCUCAGAGACAGUGGCCACUGCUCCCCUGGCAUCCGGUGCCUCCUCGCUCAAAGAGUCGUCCCCACGGCUAUCUUUUGGAGCUCCCAAAGCCACACAGGCUCACCAAGACAUGCCACCACCCUCAGCGUUGGCUGGCCCAGGGGACAAUGACAUGGAGGAGUUCUACAUCUGAACAUGUCUUGGUUUCCAAAACUAACUCACACACAGAGGCUGAGGUCCCUCCUGCCCUUCCACUCUCUGAGCCCACCAGAGAUUUCAGCCCCGCUCCCUGGCUGUCUGGAAGCUUAUCCAUUUCAGGGGGUUGGUAACACAUUUGCCAUGCCAUUUGUCCUGAGCUGAGAGCUGGCUUAUUUCUAGAGACUGGGUGGUAAAAAAGAAAAA